CGGGAGCUGACGAGGUAAACUGCCCGGCGGGCAGGUAAUCCCGAGCGGGCUGCGCGGCCGCCACCCUCGGUCCGACCCAGCCUGACCCCGCCCUGCGCGCCCGGCCCGGCAUGUCCCCUCGGCGCCCGGUCCUACGGGGACCCACCUCCGCUGAGAGAAGGGGUCCGAACACCGGGUGUGCAUAAGGAUGGAAGCCCUGUUGCCUUGCUAGCAGACUCCUUACUGCUCUAUCUCAUGAACCUACAUGAUCUUGGGGGAAGAGGCUGUUUCAUGAUGACAAACCUGUCACCAGUGUAGCGACAACAGUCUAAAGGCAAAAACAAGUAAAGAAGCAUUUACAUUUAUAUUCAACAGAGAAGUCAUUUCAGUCAACAACUUCUGCUGCAUCAUUGUUGCAAGAUGAACCGGUACACGACCAUGAGACAGCUCGGGGACGGCACCUAUGGGAGUGUGCUGAUGGGCAAGAGCAACGAAUCUGGGGAGCUGGUAGCCAUCAAAAGGAUGAAGAGGAAGUUCUAUUCUUGGGAUGAAUGUAUGAACUUGAGAGAAGUUAAGUCUCUGAAGAAACUUAACCAUGCCAAUGUGAUUAAACUGAAAGAAGUUAUCAGAGAAAAUGACCAUCUUUAUUUUAUAUUUGAAUAUAUGAAAGAAAACCUCUAUCAAUUAAUGAAAGACAGAAACAAGUUGUUCCCUGAGUCAGUUAUCAGAAAUAUUAUGUAUCAAAUAUUGCAAGGGCUGGCAUUUAUCCAUAAACAUGGUUUUUUUCAUAGGGAUAUGAAACCAGAAAACUUGCUUUGUAUGGGUCCAGAACUUGUGAAAAUUGCUGAUUUUGGACUUGCAAGAGAAUUAAGGUCACAGCCACCGUAUACUGAUUAUGUAUCUACCAGAUGGUAUCGUGCUCCUGAAGUUUUAUUAAGAUCUUCAGUUUAUAGCUCUCCCAUUGAUAUGUGGGCCGUUGGGAGUAUAAUGGCUGAACUAUACACAUUAAGACCACUUUUCCCAGGGACAAGUGAGGUUGAUGAAAUCUUUAAGAUUUGCCAAGUUUUAGGGACUCCCAAAAAAAGUGACUGGCCAGAAGGGUACCAGCUUGCAUCCUCUAUGAAUUUCCGCUUUCCUCAGUGCGUUCCUAUAAACUUAAAAACUAUUAUUCCCAAUGCCAGUAAUGAAGCUAUUCAGCUUAUGACUGAAAUGUUGAACUGGGAUCCAAAGAAAAGGCCAACAGCAAGCCAGGCAUUGAAACACCCGUAUUUUCAAGUUGGUCAUGUACUAGGCCCUUCCUCACAUCAUCUGGAAUUGAGAGAGUCUUUAAAAAAGCCGGUUCAGCCACUAGAACUGAAGCCAUCUUUAGUGGAUCUAGAACCGAAGCCUCUGGCAGACGUAAGUGAUCAGACUGUAGGGCAGCCCCAGCCGAGAAACAGCCACCAGCCACUGAAGCCCAUCCAGCUGCCGCAGAACGUGAGCGUCCAGCAAGCCCCAAAGCCGCAGAGUCACCAGAAACCAGGGCAAACGCUGUUUCCAAGUAUCGUCAAAAACAUGCCAACCAAGCCAAAUGGCACCCUGGGUCAUAAAAAUGCUAGAAGGCGUUGGGGCCAGACCGUGUUCAAGUCUAGAGACAGCUGGCAGGAGCUUGAGGAUGGUGAUUUCGGAGCCUCCCAUUCCAAGAAGGCAAGCAUGGGUGUUUUCAAAGAAAAGAGGAGAAAGGAUUCUCCAUUUCGACUUCCAGAGUCCAUACCCUCAGGCUCCAGCCACUCACCAGGGGAAAAUAAGAGUUUACCAGCUGCCGGUUCCCUAAAAUCUGAUUCUGAAUUGUCAACUGCUUCAACAGCUAAACAGUACUACUUGAAACAAUCAAGAUACCUUCCAGGUGUAAAUCCCAAGAACGUGUCCUUGGUAACCAGUGGAAAGGAUAUAAACCCAUACAUUUGGAAUAAUCAGUUGUUUCCAAAGUCAUUGGGACGCACUGGGGCAGAACUUGCUUUCAAAAGGAGUAAUGCAGGCAAUCUUGGAAGUUACGCUACUUACAAUCAGUCAGGAUAUAUUCCUUCCUUUCUCAAAAAAGAAGUGGGGUCAGCUGACCAGAGGAUACACUUAGCACCUCUUGGUGCAAUGGCUUCAGAAUAUACCUGGAACGCGAAAACUGGUCGGGGGCAGUUUUCAGGACCUGCUUACAAUCCUACAACCAAGAAUCUAAAUAUUGUGAACCGUGCGCAGCAAGUUCCCUCCGUGCACGGGAGGACAGACUGGGUGGCCAAGUAUGGAGGCCACCGGUAGGUCGGAUGUGAAACCCCACAGCAUUGCUCGAUAGCAUCCUUGCAAGUCCCCUGACACUGGGAAAUGUCUCCAGAUGUUUAUUUCUACUGAGUCCUGGAAGAAAUUCGUGAUAGUGGGUACUCUGAAAAGCAAAAAUCAUCUCCAUUUUCUUUCUUUCCUAGAAAUGAAAUGCAUUUUCUUAGCAUUGCAGUCCACAGUGCUGAUAGGUAGGACUUUAAAAAGUAUUGAAUAAAGUAUUUGCCAAAGCAUCAAGUAUUUGAUCUAUAGUUACUAAGUACGGCUAGCAGCUUUUUAAAAAAUGCCUCCAGAAAGUGUUUAGUGUUUUACUUUUCAUUUGUUGUGUAUUUGCUAAACUAUUUCACCAACUGGCCUCCCAAGUUUGUUUUUUUAUAGCAAGUGGGAAGGCCUCUGCGGGCUGUCAGUUACGCUUACUUGACUAACGCUCCACCCUAUCAGUUUGGUAAUGGCAGAAAGAUGCAAAUUUAUCAUCUGUUCUUUUAUUUUGAAAUUACAGAAGUAAUGGUUAAUUCCAACCUUGAGCAGGAUAUCUUUCUUAAAAAUAAAUUUAUCUCUAGGAUAAAGAUUUUGAAAUUAUGCCUGAUUUUAGUGAAGAAUCUGUUAUUUGAUUUUGACCAAUACAAUUGCUCUGAAUUCAGGGGACUGUCAAACCAAUGGCUUGGAUGACUCCCUAACCAGCCAAGUCAAGGUUCUCUCAUCUUCAUGUCCUUGAGUUCUUGAAACUGUUAUGUGUGUUCAUCACACUUUCAAAAGUCUCUGUUUCCGUGUUCCUCCCAGACACACAGUGUGCCAGCCGGUCCCCAAAGCAAACUCUUGCUGCUGCUGACCACUGACUCAGCUCUGACCUGCACAGUUGCACUGAAGAGCAAAUGCAUUCAGUUGCUAGCGCAGUGAUUUCAUGUUAGUGCAUAUGUAUAUUUUUGUUUUAUUUCUAAACUAGUAUUUAAAAUAGAUAGUUUGAACUUAGAGCUUUUCUAUUUAAACCUGCCAUUUUACGGACUGGACAUUAGUACUGUAUAUUCUUGUUAAAUAAUAAUAAUGUUAUCAACUGUUGAUAUCUUUAUGUAUUUUAUGACUUUGUAACAAGUGCUAAUAUAAUUGGUAUCCUCUUGAUAUUAUCCAAAGGCCCACUGAUAAUGAUUAUUUUUUUACAGAAAAUUCAGCUCACCUUUUUGAAAAAACUUGAAGUCUAUAAAGAGUUAAUUUAUGUUGGUGAAUGGUUACAUAUAUUUGUAAGGUUUUAAUUAAUAUUACAAAAAAGUUAUUUAUUUUGUGUUGUUGGGGAACUUUUAAACUCUGAAUAGAUAUUAAAAUAAAUAUGGUAAAUGUUUUCUUUACAUUUUUAUACUACAUACUUAUACUCUGAAGCCUAUUUGUUGUUUGAAUUAUAGACUUUUUUUGUUUUUCUGGCAGUUUUAUGUGUAUGGAGAAACUCACUGGAAAGUACAGAGUUUCCAUAUACCCCCUCACCUCCCUCUACUCAAUAUUAUGUAUAAUUAACAUCUUCUAUUAGUGUGGGACAUUGUAAGUAAUGAACCAGUAUCGAUACAUGAACUGAAGUCAAGUUUAAUUAGGGAGGGUCACUCUUUGUGCUGUAUAUUUUGUGGGUUUGGACAAAAUGUAUAAUGACAUGUACCCACCAUUACAGUAUCAUACAGAAUAGUUUUACAGCCCUAAAAAUCCCAUGCUCUACCCAUUCAAUUUUUUUCCCUCCUCCCAAACUUCUGGCAACCACUAUCUUUUUAUUGUCUCUUAUUUCUCUUUUUCCAAAAUGCCGUGUAAGUGGAAUCAUGUAGUAUGUAAAGUCUACAGAUUGGUUUUUCACUUAGCAAUGUACGUUUUAGUUUCCUCCAUUAUUUUCUUGGCAUAUCACUUCUGGAGGCAGACGUUAAAUAAACACACACACAAUUGUAUAUUUACAAAUUAUGAUCAGUACUAUUAAGAAAAAGAGCAGGAUGUAUAUAUAGAGAGAGUGACUAAAGGAGGGAUAUAAAUGCAGUGAGAGAGGACUCGAUGGUUUUAAGUCUAGGAGUCUAAUUAUACUUGAUAAAUAUCUCUGCCUGCUGGGUAGAGAAAUGAAUUGUUGGGCCAAAGAAUGAAAACAAAGAGUCCUGUUAAAGACUGAAAGAUGAAGGCUGGACUUGGGUAUUAGCAAUGGCAUGACAGAGAACUGAUUAAGUCUGAUAAAAAGCUACUGGUUUUUGGUGUUAAUCUUGUUUCUGGCUUCUUUACAGAACUCCCUCAUUAGUUCUAAUACGUUUUUAGUUGCUUGUCUUGAAUUUCUAGACAGAUGAUUAUAUCAGAUACUUAACAGUGUUUCUUUCCUUUUCCACUAUUAGUUUACAACUCAUUUAUAUUUCUCAUUUAUUGCCCUGUCUAGAAUAAUGUUUCUAGAACAAUGUUGAAUCUUGUCAGUAAUAGCAAACAUCCUCUUAUUUCUAAGUUUAACAUAAAGCCAUAGGACUAAUGGGUAGCUAACAAAAACCUACAGUAAGUAAUAUGCUUGAGUGAAUCAACAGAAGCAUUUACAUUAAUGUCAGAAAUUCACUUUGUUCAGAUUGAUAAUUAUAAAAUAUGUAUGAAGAUGUUCCCAUUCACAAUAAUAACAAAACUAUAAAAUGUUGGACAAUAAUUUAAACAGAAAUAUGAAGAACUAAAUGAAUGAAACUCUAAAGUAUUGUUUUAAGAACAUUUUUUAAAAACUAAAUUAAAUGAAGUAAUGUAAAAUGUACCUGGAUUGAAGAGUAAAUGAUUUUAAAGCUUUUAAUUCCUUACAAAUUUACCUAUAAUUCUAUGCAAUCAUAAUCAAAUCCCAAGUAAAUUUUAGAAUUAAAAGGUUAUUUCUAGACUUGUCUGGGAAAAUAAAUAUGUCAAGAAAAAUCUGAAAAAAAUGACAAACUUGCCCUACCAAAUAUCAAAACAUAGUACAAAUCUAUGGUGAUGAACAAUUUGGCACUGAGACAGUAGAUAAGUACAUCUACAGUAAAGACUAGAAGACCCAAAAUCCGUCCCAAAUAUGGAAAUUCAGUACACAAAGAUGGCAUUUCAAAGCAAUGGGGAAAGGAUAUACCUCUCAACAAACAAUAUUGAAGGUAAUGUUAUUUUUUGGAGAAAAUAACUCACAAAGAUCCCUAGGUUGUACCACCAUACAAAAAUAAAUUCUAAAGACAGUAAGAAUAGAAUUCUAAGAAAUAAAACUAUUAAAGUAUUGAAAGAAAAUAAGAGAUUCUCUUCUUACACUUUUGAAGUGUGAAGUGCUUUCUACAAAAUCUGAAUGCUUUAAAGAAAAUGGGAUAAAUCUGACUUCAUACAAAAUUUUAAUUUCUAAAUGACCAAAAAAUAAAUCAGAAGACAAUAAAUUGGAGGAAAAUACUUUCAAUAUAAUAACUUGUUUUUAACUAUAUAGAGCCACAAUACGGAAAACAAAAACCAAAAAUGUGGACAGAAUAUAUGAAAGAAUAAUUCAUACAAAAAAGUGUAUCACUGGUCAAUAAAUAUAUGAGAAGAUGCUUAAUAACUCAUAACUAAAUAAU